AUGAGAGAGCCAACAGUUUUAAAGAGAAUAUCUUUACACUUUUUUGCCUUCUUUCUUGUUUUUUCUUUCGGUUAUGGACCUCGUGUUGAAUCAUGGAGCAAAGAAGGUCAUGUCAUGACAUGCAAAAUUGCCCAGGACCUGUUGGAACCUGAGGCGUUGCAUGCUGUUCAAAUGCUAUUACCUGACUAUGUUGAUGGUGAUUUGUCGGCCCUGUGCGUGUGGCCGGAUCAAGUAAGGCACUGGUAUAGAUACCGAUGGACGAGCCCUCUUCACUUUAUUGACACGCCGGAUGAAGCCUGCAAUUUCAACUACAAAAGGGAUUGCCACGAUACUCAUGGAGUGAAGGAUAUGUGCGUUGCUGGGGCCAUUCAAAAUUUCACCAAUCAGCUCUCACACUAUAGGCAUGGAACCUCUGAUCGACGUCACAACAUGACAGAAGCUUUGUUGUUUUUGGCCCACUUCAUGGGAGAUAUUCAUCAACCCAUGCAUGUUGGGUUCACAAGUGACGAAGGAGGAAAUACGAUUAACUUGCGUUGGUUUAGACACAAAUCGAAUUUGCACCAUGUGUGGGAUAGAGAAAUUAUUUUGACAGCUGCGGCAGAUUAUUACGGGAAGGACACGAGCCUCCUCCGACGAGAUAUUGAAGGAAAUUUUACAAAUGGAAUAUGGACGGAAGAUCUUUCUUCAUGGAGGGACUGCGACAAUCUCUCUACUUGUCUCAACAAGUAUGCUGCUGAGAGUAUUAACAUAGCUUGCAACUGGGGUUACAAAGGUGUUGAAGCCGGAGAUACACUUUCAGAUAAUUACUUUGAUUCAAGGCUGCCCCUUGUCAUGAAAAGAAUAGCUCAGGGUGGAGUCCGAUUAGCAAUGAUUUUGAAUCGGAUUUUUGGUGAUAGCCAACAACAGGAAGACUCCAUGGCUGCAACUUAA